AUGGUCGAAGAGACGUGUACGAGCUCGUAUGCGAGGCGCACGAGCACGAGAGGAGCGACACGAGUCGACCCGUACACGGCUGAGGAGAUCGAUAUGUCGAGGCACGAUCCGCGGCAGCAGGCGAAAGUCCCGAGUGAAGUGAAGGACUCGGGCUUAUCACACGAGGUCAAGACGCGCCUGGUCGAGACCUGGGGACGAGGACUGGAUGAGACCUGGUAUGAGACACGCGCACGAGAAGGUCGGAGGCGGCGAGUCCGCACGGUGCGAGCGGACGUACGGCACAAACGCGCGAGGACGGGAAAGCGCGUUAGAGACCAAAGUUCCCGCGAGAGGACAUGGCAUGGAUGCACGCGACGGGCUGACUUGCGGAUGGGCCUAGACGUGGGCGCAUACACGUGGACGGGCCUGGACCGAUGGACUCGUGUAAGCAGGGCUAGCAACGGGCCAAAGGCCCCGCGCGAGGAAGCACGUGGAAGCGUACGUGAGCGUGAUGCGCAAAUGCACGAGGCGAGCCGUGCGAGCCGAGGAAUGAAGAAUUCGUUAGAGUUUUAUCAUACAAAUCGAGUUUGGCAAGGAUUGACACCCAAACCAUCUCAAAAUCGUGAGAAGAUAAGGCUAAUAACCAAGUCGUCCACACCUAUCGCCGAGAAGGAAGCCGUUGCAAGAAACCGACGAGGCAAACGAGUUGAUGAGAUACACGAUUAUUCAUCAACGGUGCAGACCUUGUUGCCGAGGUCGUCGGCAGCGACGGUGAUGAACCUGAGGGAGCCCAGGGUAUCCUCGAUCGAGACGUCGGCGUUAGAACGGAAGGGUCAUUUUCGCGAAGGCCUUGCGGUGGAGAUGGAGGCGAGCAUCAUGAACGGUCGCGGCGCGCAAUGCGGCGUCGUCUCCGACAUCACCACCGUGAAAAACCCCAUAUCCCCGGCUCGCCUCGUCAUGGACAAAUCCCUGCAUUCUUACCUCUCUUUUUCCGGCAGCGAGAAGAUUCCAAGCAAUAGGUCUCUCCCUAUUCAGAUCCAAGAGCCAAAAAAGUGA